CGCGCGUGUGCAGCGUUUCGCUUCACGCGGCUUUGACGGACACUUUGACAGCUGACGCACCGCACGAGCUCAGCCUGGACUGACACCUUUCUGAGGGAAUUAUGAGACACGCGGAGCUGCGACUUUGAUUGUGAACUGACAGCUGAAGAGUCAGGAGGAGGAGAACAUGGAGAACAAGGCCAUGUAUCUGAGUACGUAUGAGGAGAGGGAGAGCGGCUCCAUGUACGAAGACGCCUACGAUGGACACAACCUGUCCAAACUCAACCUGUGUGAUGAAGGUUCUGGUAAACGUCGCAGGAAGCAGGACCAUUGCUGCGGUCACCUCAACUCGCUCUCGGCCAUCAAGUACGCCAUCGUCUCCCUCUACAUCCUGGUUCUUCUCACCAUCUUCGGCCUCUGCCUGGCAGUCUCUCGCUCCCAGGUUUCUUCACAGCGCCAGGAGGUGCUGAUGGAGAACGUGACCCGGAUGUCGGAGCGCUCUCGGCUGCUGCAGCAGACGCUGGGCGAGGCGUCCGCUCAGGCCGACCUGCUGGAGAACAUCUGGAAACUGGAGAACCUCUUCCACAACCACAGCGACUGGCUGCAGAGGCUGGAGAUCCUCAUCAAGGGCCUGGAGGUGGAGCUGAGGAGCAUCCAGUCUCACUCCCUGCAGUCAGAGGGCUACCUUGUGCAGCUGGACGACAGGUUGUCUUCUCUGAGCACCUCCACUGGCAGGAACAUGACGGGCUUGAGUGCGGAGGUGUCCCGAGCCUCCACCUGGCUCCACAACCAGGAAGUUCUGCUCAGGGACACCUCAGGACAGGUCAGCAGGCUUAGAGAGAAGGUGGACGAGGUUAAUUGGACGGUGGGAGCUGUCAAUCACACCUUCAGCAAUGACAUCAGUAUUCACCACCUGAAGAUACAAGACCUGCAGAUCCAGAUCAGCAACAUCACAGAGGACACCAGCAGUCUGUGGGUGACCCACGUCCACACCGAGGCCCAGCUGAGGAACGAGAUGGAGAUCCUCAACACGAUCACAGAGGACCUCCGCCUGAAGGACUGGGAGCACUCCAUGGCCCUGAAGAACCUCACCGUACUAGAAGGUCCUCCGGGGCCAAAGGGAGAGAAGGGGGACACUGGACCGCUGGGGCCCCCUGGGGCUCCUGGAUUGACGGGUUUGAGAGGUUUCGCAGGAGAAAAAGGCAUCCAGGGCCCCCGGGGCAUCAAAGGGCCCGUCGGGGUUGAUGGCGUUCAGGGAGAGAAAGGGGAGGUGGGACCGACUGGUCCCAGAGGUGACAGAGGAGAAAGAGGGUUGAAGGGGGAGAAAGGAGACCGAGGAGACCGAGGAGAGAAGACAGUGGAGGAGACCCUGGUGCGGCUGGUGAACGGGUCGGGCCCUCAUGAAGGUCGCGUGGAGGUUUUCCACGAGCGCCGCUGGGGGACGGUGUGCGACGACGUCUGGGACAAAAAGGACGGAGACGUGGUGUGCAGGAUGCUGGGAUACCAGGGAGCCACGGCGGUCCAUAAGACCGGACGCUUCGGACAAGGUACUGGUCUGAUCUGGAUGGAUGACGUGGCUUGUACAGGGACUGAGGACACCAUCCACCAGUGUAAGUUUCCUGGCUGGGGCAAAACCAACUGCGGCCACGUGGAGGACGCCGGCGUGACCUGCGCCAUCUAAACCUUUGAGGUCCGGACGCUGCGGCGGCGGCCGAGCUUCGACCGUUGAGCGUGAAGUCGAUCUGCAGCUUAUUUUACGAGUUCACGAUUAAACAUUUAGCUACGAGACUGAACCGUGGGAGCGAAGGAAGUGCACGCAUUUUCAGACUCCGUAUGAGCGGGUGCACGGGGAUGACGGGACUCUUCAUCAGGACUCUUCAUCAGGACUGCUUCAUCAGACUGAGGUACGGAGUCUUCAUCGAAGGCCGAAGAUCAGCUUUCGGGCGUAGGAUCCAUCAGGCCUCAGAGGUCGUCCAGCGUGGGAGGAAGCUCACCUGAAACCAGAGCUUUCAUUGGUCAGCGGUCGUCUCCGGGUCGAUGAAGAGCAGAAACAUAAAGGAUCUGAGCAGACUGUGACUGACAGAUCAGCUGACUUCAUUUCCAGGCAGCUGCUCGUCGCAGCAUCGUGUAGGAAUGGCUUUUGAGUGAUGCUAAACAUACACAGUGUUCCUCAGUAUAUAUCAUGUAGCAUUACCCAGUUAGCACUUCUUUGAUGACGCGCAGGUUUAAAGCAGUUUGAGUUAAAACUGGACGUUUGUCGUCUUUAUGACUUUUAAAAAAUCUCCUCUAAUUAAUAUUUUUAUAUUUUAAACAGACAGUUACUCCUUCCAACAAACCUGUGGCCUGAAAAAGCUGACUGGUGAUUUGAUUUGCUGUUCCCGCCCACAAGAUAUGCUCUGACCAAUCAUAUCUGACCAAUCAUAUCUGACCAAUCGUAUCUGACCAAUCGUAUCCGACCAAUCAUAUCUGACCAGUCAUAUCUGACCAAUCGUAUCUGACCAAUCGUAUCCGACCAAUCAUAUCUGACCAGUCAUAUCUGACCAAUCGUAUCUGACCAAUCGUAUCCGACCAAUCAUAUCUCAUCCCCAACAGGAAGCAGUUCUCAGUCCCCCUGUGUUAAGGCCCAACAUCAAAUCUCUGGAACAUCCAGAUCAGGGUUUUGUUCUGAGUAGCUGGUGGAGCCCAAAACAGCUAAAAGGAGAAUAAUGACGACACGACUCCAGACGAACGCUAACGUUGUUUUUAGUCCAUCGCUGUUUGACACGUCGGACACAUGUUGAUGAGGAGAUAAUAGAUUUUGGGGUCGUGUGCUUUUCAGCUCGUUGUGCAGUUCUUUGAACAAGCGACACAACACUCGAGUUUUAGUUUUAACCUCGACAGCUCGACGUCUUCCAGCCUGCAAAUCACCAGACGAGUGUUUCCUGUUGAUUUAUGUUGAUGGAAAGUGAAGAAAACACGUAACUAACAGAGACUUUUGAAGGGGGUGUCAUUCACUGCCGCUGACAGAUGAAGUGGUGAUGAAGAAGAGGGAACAGAUGAGUGUAAACAGAUGGAAGCAUGGACGCCUGCCCUGUACGAUUUACAGUGGCGGGUCUGGCAGUGUUUGAACACACACACACACACACACACACACACACACAAACACACACCGUUUGGUUUGAGCUUCCUGCCUCUCUCAGUGGGUUUAAUCUUCACGGCUGCCCUCAGAUCCAAAAGGCUGGUUCCUCCCAAGUGUCCUUACUCACGUCUCCUUCUGAGCCAGCAGGAGCUGUCGAGGUUUGACUGAAACCCCCCCCCCCCCCCCCCAUGUUUAGAUUUGAAGAGGGAACGUGUUUCAGUGCACCUUAAUAUCUGUCAAACGUGAGGAUCUGUCAGAGUCGAUCCCUCGUUCUGCUUUCCUGCGUUCAACAAAUCAACAAUCGUCUGACCUACUUUCUUUUGUGAGAAUUAAGCUGCACACAUGAAGUCCAUUUAAGAGUCCAUGUCGACGCGAGGGAGGAAAAACGUCGGACAUGAAGCCAGAAAUGAGUUUCUCUAGCUCGUGCUGAGGGACGCUGGUGUUUGUGGAGGGUUUCUGGUUGGAAGCAGAGUCUGAGGAAACAGAAAACGAGGUGAGAAACCAGACUCAACAGGCCGAUGUGUCUCAAACACGUUUCCCUUCUUCUAAAGUUCAUUGGGAAACUCGGAGGCUUCGUUUCCAGAAAGCUGAGCUCGUUCUGUUCGUCUGCCUGGCUGAACGCGGUCCAGACAGGAAGCUGCUGGUUCACCAGAUCACAGGGUUUGUAAAGCGUCUUAGAGAAGCAAUAAUCCUCAGAGUGUCCCUCACUGUGCCUGUUAGGACACCAGCGUGGCUCUGUCAUGCUGCUGCCUCAUGUAUCCCAGCUGUAUCCUGCGUAUUAAACAUAUCAGAGCUGAAACGAUGAGUCGAUCGAUCGAUGAGUCGAUCAGCAGUAGAUUAAUCAGACUUCAGCCUCUCAAAUGUGAGCGUUUUCUGCUCUUUUCUGUUUUACAUCUUCGUUAACUGAACGCCUGUUUGACACUGAAAACGACACCUGAAGGUCAUCUCAAAAAGCAGGCGAUCCAAUCAGAACCAAGGGUGGGACUAAUGAUUAACCAAUCAGAUGUGUGGGCGGGAGGAGUGAUAAUAACAUGCUGACACUUCUGAUAUGAGCCGACAUGUUUAUGGAGCAAACCAAGAAUCUGUUAAUGCAGAAAAUAAUUAGAUUAAUUGACUAAAUAAUAAUUAGCCGCAUAUACACGUGUUAAUGUUUUAAUGUCUUAUAAUGGACGUUAUUUUGGCUCCAUCUGAAUACGUUUAACUGGUUCAUGUUACAUUCCUGAGGGUGGAGCAGGUGAAACUGCUGCAGACCAAUCACACAUCAGAACCUGUUAGGCACCGUCCAACCAGGAGGGCGACGGCAGCGACUCCUCCGGGCCGCUCGCGGCUAAAUGUGUUUCGACUGAUGUGAGAUCGCAGCCUAUCAGAUGUCAGCGGGAUAAAACUGUUGUGAUGUGAUUUCCUGAUUGGUUAGAGGCCUCUGACCUCAGAUCAGGGCUUCGGCCUCAUGGGGUCAAAUAACUGGAAUACUUUGAAAAUGUAAAGCAGCCUCUUGCCUUUGAAAGUGAGAACACGUUGAAAACUAAGUGCACUUAAAGCACAAAGACCUUCCUGUGCUGCUUCAGCUUACGGCUCAGAGCACACACACACACACACACGUGUGUUUCUGAUUACACUGUGCUGCUCAGGACACAUAAACAGCAUACCUGUACAAAUAAACACCUGGAUCAAACAUGAUUAUGUCAAGAAAAUACUGAAUAAAGUGCU